AUGGCAUCCAAAGUAUUCGAGUCCAGCGAAGUCGCUACCCACAAGACCAGAGAUGAUUGUUGGGUCAUCAUCCAUGGCAAAGUCUACGACAUCACAACCUAUGUCCGCGACCACCCCGGUGGUGCUGAUGUCUUGAUCGAUGUCGCCGGCUCAGAUGCCACCGCUGCAUACGAAGAUGUCGGUCACUCAGAGGACGCUUCUGAGAUUUUGGAGACCUACCUCAUCGGCACAGUCAAGGAUGCACACGCGUUUGUCCAGCCCAAGGUCGUUCGUGUUAUCAAGCCCACCGUUGUCGUUCCAGAGAAGUCCACAAAGUCAACAUCGGUCGCCAAAGCCACAACUGCCAUCACUGCCACCCUUGCUGCCGGUGCCUUGAUCUACGCUUCCUCCAAGCACCAGCGUGUGUUGACCGACUUGCUCGCCAACUGCUCCCUGAGCUCCCUACAGUUGCCCGAUGCUCGUAUCCCCUACCCCAGCGCCCUGCGUGGUGGAUUCGUCGGUGGAUUCGCCGCUGCUACUCUGGCCAGCGCAGUUAUUGGCGGUGCUGUCGCCAACCAACUCUCCAAAUUCACCAAGGUUGAGUCUGGUUUCUCCAAGUUCCCUGCCCACAAGAAGGCCUCAACUCUCAAGAAGCAAAACCCACACCUUAUCAAGGGCUUCCUUGAGCCCAAGACCUACAAGAAGCUCCCCCUCGUCCAGAAGGAUCAACUAUCCUCCAAUGUGUACCGCUUCGUCUUCCAGCUGCCCAAUGCGAAGGAUGUGAUCGGUCUCCCCAUUGGCCAGCACGUUGCCAUCAAGGCUAUGGUCAACGGUGCCUCCGUCUCCCGCUCCUACACCCCUACAUCUAACAACUUGGAUCUUGGACGUUUGGAGUUGGUCAUUAAGUGCUACCCCGAUGGUCUUCUCACCGGUCAAUACCUCGAGCAUCUCGAGAUCGGCGACAAGGUCGAGUUCCGCGGCCCCAAGGGUGGCAUGAAGUACCACAACGGUCUUUGCAAGAAGAUUGGCAUGAUCGCCGGUGGAACUGGAAUCACCCCUAUGUACCAGCUCAUCCGCGCGAUUUGCGAGGAUGAUCGUGAUACCACCGAGAUCAGCCUGAUCUACGCCAACCGCACCGAAGAGGAUAUCCUUCUCCGCAAGGAGUUGGAGGCUUUCGCCCGCGGAUACCCCAAGAACCUCAAGCUCUGGUACAUGUUGGAUCAGCCUUCCGAAGACUGGGCUUACGGCAAGGGCUACGUCACACCCGAUGUCAUGGCCGCACGACUCCCUGGACCUGCCCCUGACACCAAGAUCAUGCUCUGUGGACCUCCCGGCAUGGUCAAUGCCUCCAAGAAGAGCUUAGUGGCUGCCGGCUUCCAGGCCCCCGGAGCCGUUGGCAAAAUGACCGACCAGAUCUUCUGCUUCUAG